AUGGACAACAAGACUUUCGUGUCCGACACCCUCAUCCGCCUGACCGGCGCGUCAGAUCCCAUCAUCAUCGAUUUUGUUCUCGCCAAAGCGAACUCCGCCAAGUCUGCCUCGUCCCUGAAAACCGAACUCGAGUCCUUGCUCGAUGGCAGCUCCUACGAUAUCGGCGUAUUCAGCGGGGAGCUGUUUGCGCGGCUGGGCAAGGGCGCAAAACCCAGUGCGUCCGCCACUCCAGGCGCACCGGGAAAAUCCGAAUCUACGAAGAAGAAGUAUCGCCUGGUGGACAUGGGCGACGACUUGCCAGACCCUGGCACCUCUCUAGGGCCGAUGAACGUCGAGGCGGACCGGGACAGAAGGAGGCGAAAGGACAAAGGCAGGGAUGGUGAUAAAGACCGGCACAGCGGGAGACGCGAUGACAGUCGCUCGGAGAAGGACGAACGCCGAAAGAGAGAUCGCAGUCGCGACGCCGAGACUCGGGAUCACCCGCGCACCAAAAAACUGCGAAAGAGGGACUCUGACUUUGAAGAUCGCUGGGGCGACGAAGAAAUUCCAGAAGACGAGCCGCACGCCGACGAGUUCGCAGAGUCGCCCUCCAAACGAACAAGACUCGAAAACGGAUCCGCCUCCCCUCGGUCAUCGUCGCCCGCCGAAGACCUCGAUCCACAGACCAAGGAAGAAAUAGAGCGCCAACGCGACCUCCGCGAGAGAGACGAGUUUGCGAAACGAUUGGCCAACAAAGAUGACAAAAAAUCCAAGAAAAUCGUCGAGGACCGGACACGAGAUGGAGAAGCUGCACGGCGCCGCGCGUUGGCCGACGACGCCGAUGCUCGAGCCCAGAUGAUGCCUGAUCUGCGACUGCGAUCUCGACAGGAGUAUCUGAAGAAGCGAGAGACUGAACGCUUGGCACUCCUUCGGCAGCAGGUAGCCGAAGAAGCUGCUGAGCUGCGCGAAAACCCGAAUCUGACUCGCCGAGAAAAAGAGGAGUUUGCUCGAAAUCGGGAAGUCCUGCGCAUUGCAGAAGAGCGACUACGGAUCGAUGACCACCGCGAUGGCUAUAUGAUGCCGGAAGAUUACAUCACGGAGAAGGGCAAGAUCGAUCGGAAAAAGAAAGAGGAGGCCCUGUACAAGCGCUACGUAGAUCGCGAUGAUAUGGGCCAGGAGCGAUUUGUGACCGAGCACGAAGAGUGGGAAUUGGAGCAGUCAGCCAAGGCCAAAGCCCAAAUUAAGAAGACCGAGUUUGUCGACGAAGGAGACUACGAAUAUGUGUUCGAUGAUUCACAAAAGAUCAACUUUGUCAUGGAUACCAAACUUGAAGGCACUCAGAAGCUAAUGACGGCGGAGCAGCGGAAUCUCAAAGAGCAGCUGGAUGCCGCGGAGAAGAAGGCCGCAUCGAUGGAAGAGACACGUAAGAGUCUUCCGAUCUACCAGUUCCGCGAUCAGAUCAUCCAGGCCGUGCACGAUCACCAAGUUUUGAUCAUCGUUGGUGAAACGGGCUCUGGAAAGACGACUCAGAUCCCGCAGUAUCUCCAUGAGGCUGGAUAUACCAAGGGUAACCUGAAGAUUGGGUGCACACAGCCGCGGCGAGUCGCAGCCAUGAGUGUCGCUGCACGUGUGGCGGAGGAGAUGGGCGUUAAGAUUGGCAAUGAAGUCGGCUAUGCCAUCCGAUUCGAAGAUAACACCAGCGACAAGACUAUUCUGAAGUACAUGACGGAUGGAAUGUUGCUGCGAGAGCUGUUGACGGAGCCAGACCUGAGCCAGUAUUCGGCUCUGAUGAUUGACGAAGCCCAUGAACGGACAGUGCCCACGGAUAUUGCGUGUGGUCUCCUUAAGGAUAUCGCCAAGGCCCGGCCUGACCUUAAGUUGCUAAUCUCGUCGGCAACCAUGGAUGCCCAGAAAUUUCAAAAGUAUUUUGAUGACGCGCCUAUCUUCAACAUUCCCGGUCGACGAUAUCCCGUUGAUGUGCACUACACCUCCCAACCGGAAGCCAACUACUUGGCGGCAGCGAUCACCACAGUGUUCCAGAUCCAUGUCACGCAGGGCUCCGGUGAUAUCCUGGUGUUCUUGACCGGCCAAGAGGAGAUUGAAGCGGCCGAACAAAGUUUACAGGAAACGGCACGGAAACUGGGCAGCAAAAUACCGGAGAUGAUCAUCUGUCCCAUCUACGCCAAUCUGCCUUCGGAGCUCCAGACCAAGAUUUUCGAACCCACGCCGCCGAAGGCACGCAAGGUGGUGCUGGCUACCAAUAUCGCCGAGACCAGUUUGACGAUCGAUGGCAUUGUCUACGUGAUCGACCCUGGGUUUGUCAAGGAGAAUGUGUUUAACCCGCGAACUGGCAUGGAAAGCCUGGUGGUGACUCCUUGUUCCCGAGCAUCGGCCAACCAGCGAGCUGGACGUGCUGGCCGAGUUGGACCGGGCAAAUGCUUCCGGCUCUACACCAAAUGGGCGUACUACAACGAGUUGGAGGAGAAUACCACACCUGAAAUCCAGCGCACGAACCUGAACGGUGUUAUUCUCAUGUUGAAAUCGCUGGGCAUCGACCAGUUGCUCGACUUUGAUUUCAUGGACCCCCCACCGGCCGAGACGAUCAUUCGGGCGCUGGAGCAGCUGUACGCUCUCGGGGCGUUGAAUGACCGCGGCGAGCUGACCAAGGUCGGUCGUCAGAUGGCAGAGUUCCCGACCGACCCAAUGCUGGCCAAGGCGAUCCUAGCGGCAGACAAGUACGGCUGCGUGGAAGAGGUCCUGUCGAUCGUGUCGAUGCUGGGAGAGGCUAGCGCGUUGUUUUUCCGGCCCAAAGACAAGAAGAUCCAUGCAGACAGUGCGCGCAACCGGUUCACCAUCAAGGACGGCGGCGACCACCUGACGCUGCUCAAUAUCUGGAACCAAUGGGUGGAUUCAGACUUCAGCUUCGUGUGGGCGCGGGAGAAUUUCCUCCAGCAGCGCAGCCUGACACGGGCACGCGAUGUGCGCGACCAACUGGCCAAACUGUGCGACCGCGUGGAGGUCAGUGUCAGCAGCUGCGGCUCCACCAACCUGAUCCCGAUCCAAAAGGCCAUCACGUCCGGGUUCUUCCCCAACGCGGCACGACUGCAACGCGGAGGCGAUAGCUACCGGACGAUCAAGAACGGGCAGACGGUGUACCUGCACCCGUCCAGCACGUUAUUCGAAGUCAACCCGCGGUGGGUGAUUUACUUCGAGCUGGUGCUCACCAGCAAGGAGUACAUGCGCAGCAACCUGCCGCUGCAGGCCGAGUGGUUGGUGGAAGUGGCGCCGCAUUACUACAAGAAGAAGGAUCUGGAGUCCCUGGGACUGGAUCGAAAGACACCCAAGGGGACCGGGGCGAGUGGAGAGAAGAGCCGAAUGUAG